AUGCCGAAGUCUUCGAGUGGUCCGUGGCCGCGGAAUCCCUCUUUAUAUCGGCAGGAAGGUCACGGAGAUGGCGCUGCUCAUCUUGUUGGCGCAGACGCCAAACAGCAGUGGUGCGAAGGCGUGUCGGUUGGAGACCCCCAUGGAUCUUCAUUAAGUGUACGUACACCCGACGACGCGGGUGAGGGAGCAGAAGCAGCCGGCGGUCCAGAUCUCUCUGACGCGGAGGCGCACGCGGAGCGCCAGUGUCCGGCUGGCGCGUCCCUGUCCUCCGCCGAGCGCAACGCAAGAGUUUCAGAUAUUUCUUUUGAUGAAGCAGGCGCUGGGCACCUGCAUGGGGGGGAGGGCGCUGAGGCGCCACGGAGGAGAGUCGGAAUCGAACGAGAAAGACGAGAAGAAAGGGCAUGCAAGCUCGCGUCUUCUUUUCCGUUGCUCACCGCGAAAGACGACAGAGAAAGGAAGCUGGACAUGCCUCUGGAGGAGCUUAUUGAGGAGGACAGGCAGCUGAGGCUGCAGAGCGAGUUUGAGAGCGAGCGCCGGCGGCAGGGCGGAGACAGUUGGACGGGGGCAGGAGACCCGACGGCGUCUUCGCGAAGAGACAUCGGGGCUUUCGCGCAGACGUCGGCCGAAAAAAUAAACGCGCUCCUGAGUAUGACUCUGGACGAUGCCGCUGCGGUGCUUCAGAAUGAAGCCCAUUCAUUUUCGACUUUCUCCUUCGCCUGCAGCAACUUCAAGCGAAGUGCCAGAGUGCGGCCGGCGCACCGCGCCGUUCGUGGGAACGGUCCCAGAAGGCGCGACGACGCGGAAAUGGAAGAAGUCUUCGAGCAGGGCGAAGGCGACCAGGAGGGUGAAGACGAAGAAGCAGGGGAUGACGAUCUCGAAGUCGAUCCGUGGCUAAGGGCCUUCCGUAAAACCGUCCUUCUGCCUCUCGCGACCGGCACGCGCGGCUGGAAAUAUCUCGCAAAAGUCGAGCGAGACGAACCUCAGGUGUCGUUGGCGCUGAUCGCCUACUCGGGCUCCGGGUUGCUCAGCGAAGUCGAAGUGGGGUAUUUCUUCGAGCUCUACCGGCCGCUUGCGGUGCUGCAGCUCGUGUCUUCGUCCUUCUUCGUGGUGCUGUUCCCGUCGGCGGCCGCUGCGCAGGCUGCGCUCAUACAGGGCAGCGAGAAAGUGACAUUUCUGCUCGCAGCCGGCGCGCCGCAGCUGCGCGACCUGCAGGCGAGUGCUCGCGCGGCGUGGGCGGAGGCGCGGCGCCGGCGGGAGAUCGCUAGAACGCAGGGAGCUGCAGUGGGCGAUCGCCGGAGGGGCCCUGGCUCCAGUCGUGGCAAAGAGGACGGUGAGAUAGAAGCAGUCGGCGAGAUGGAAGAAGAAGUGGAAGAGGGGGAGAUCGCGGAGGUGGGCGCGCGGAAUGGGCGCAGCGACGAGUGCGCCGAGGCCGGGGGGGAGGAGAGUGAGGACGGGGGGAUGCCUAAGGAGAGCAGCGAAGAACAGGAGAGAGAAGAAGGAGAAAUCGACGACGGCGAGUUCGUAAGCGGCAGCGGCCACGCGACGCCGCGCGAAAACGACGCAGACCUGCCUGAGGUCUUCUGGCUUCUCGAAGACGUCGAACAACACAUCGGCGCCCACGACGCAGAGAUAUUCAUGAGCCAGGUGGAGUAUUGGAGAAGGACUUUGCCGGUCGCGUCGCGAUCGAGUCCGCCGAGCGCCGGCCGUCUUCUGCUGCGCGUGGCGACUGCGAAGGAAAUUACGCGCUGUGCGCGCGCGCUGCAGAGCUCGUCUCCGCCAAUGGCGAAGCUGCUCUACGGAGCGGUUGGUCUGCCUGGCAGGGGGCUUUCUCGCGCGCGCGACUCGGAUCUGGCCUGCAGAGAGCUGCUGCCGAGCGGCGCAGUCCUCUGUGAGGCAGAGGCGCUGUCCCCCGCCUUCGCCGCGCAGCUCAGAAGAGGCGCUGCGGGCGACGAAGGCAGCGCGAAUCCCUCCGGCGACUUGCGGACGGAGGUGGCGCUUGACGAGAUCCAGAGGAGACGAGAGCGCGACGAACGGCGCCGCAGACGAGACGAACCGGAGGCGCGGCAGAUCGGAAAGCGCAGGCUGCACGCGGGCAGCCUCGAGGACGACGAGCUUGCGCGCGAACAAACGCUGCUGACGAGUCUCGGCGGCGAUUUCCGCUCGCGAUUCGUUCGCGGGCGCACAGGCGCGCUAGACUUCCGCGAGGAGUCCGACGCCGACGGAAGUUCGCUGACGCCGGAAGGCAGCAAAGCGCCAGCGGAAGCUGCUGGAAACGAAGAGACGCGUUCAUGGAGUAAAAAGCUAUCGGAGGCCGGCGGAAGGUCUCACGGCAUGAUAAGACGUUUCUCCGACCCGCAUGAGGACAGGCCUUCGAAGACUGCCAGUCCGCCGCCCCCACAGCUGCGCCCGGUUUCGAAGCCGAGAGCCUUCAAACGACGCGAAGUCGAGUUCGGUCGGCGUCCGCCUCGCCCCCCGCCCGACAGUCCCCACGCGAGGAGAGGAGGUGGCCGCCGAGGCGCUUCUCCGCCCUCCGCACGCGAGCGGAGGAGAGCAGCCUAUCGCAUGCACAGCCGUGAACGCAAGGAAGGAUCCCCCAGGAGACUAAGUAAAAGCCCCGAUGAAGGUGGGAGACGGCGCGCACGUCGCGGCGCCGUGUCGCUUAAACGAAACGCCUUCCGGGGUUCCUCGCAGGACAACGGCCCCAUGUGGUCACACAGGCACGUGGACGACGAGGCCAGAGAACCCGCAGAAAAGAGACGAGAAGACAGAAAUAGACGGCGUUCCUCCGACGCACUUCGCGGCGAGGAGGACGGUGGCAAAAGACGGAAAGGUCGAGGCUUCGCUUACGGCGUGAUUCCCUUCUCCAUGGUCGCGGAGAGAGAGUAUUAUCCUCCAGCGCUAAGCGGGGAACAAUGA